AUGGCAAACAAUCUGAACGGCCUUAAACUUCCUCGAUUCAAAGUCAGUAACCGUGCUUUUAGAGAAAAAUACACAUUGCUGAGUGAGAAAUUUAAAGCAAAGAUAAAAGACGAAGAGAAGGCAAGUGGAAUUGAACGUGAUUUGAGUGAGGUGGAAAAGGCUCUGGAAGAAAUAGCCGAAAGAGAAGCUGCAGCUGAAGACACCGUAGAAAACGAUAAGAAGAAAGCUGACAACGCAAAAGCAGCGGAAAUGAGAAACAGAGCUUUAGAAAGCCUGAACACGGAACACAGAAAAGGCAGCGAAACGAAGAGGAGGAGAAAGUAA